ACCGGGGCACCGGCGACUCACCCGGAAGGAGAAGCCGGGAUCGGACUAUAUGGUGCGGUGCUGGUGGUGUCGCUGUGGAGAGCUGCUGCUGCUGCUCUCAGGUGAAAGGAGUGGGUUACCGAAAAAUGAGAACAGCUGUUUGAUGGACCGGACAGGUUUUCUGUCAGGCGGAAGAGCUUCCUCGAACACCUGAGCCAGCCCGCAUCAUUUGUUGGCAGUACAUAUUGGCUGGAGUCAGUUUUCAUUUCAAGAUGUUCCCUUCCCAUGGGCUUGUGGUGUAGGAUGUUGGAGAACCAAGACCUGGAGGAGGUGAUCACAGUUCGAGUUCAGGACCCCAGGGUGCAGAAUGAAGGCUCCUGGAAUUCUUACGUGGACUAUAAGAUUUUCCUCCAUACGAACAGCAAAGCUUUUACCGCCAAGACGUCCUGUGUGCGGCGGCGCUACCGUGAGUUUGUGUGGCUGAGGAAGCAGCUGCAGAGGAACGCCGGCUUGGUGCCUGUUCCGGAGCUUCCUGGGAAGUCCACUUUCUUUGGCGGCUCUGAUGAGUUCAUUGAGAAGCGACGUCAAGGUCUCCAGCAUUUCCUUGAAAAGGUCCUUCAGAGCGUGGUUCUUCUGUCAGACAGUCAGUUGCAUCUCUUCCUCCAAAGCCAGCUCUCGGUGCCCGAGAUUGAAGCCUGUGUCCAGGGCCGGGGCACCAUGACUGUGUCCGAUGCCAUUCUUUCCUAUGCUAUGUCCAACUGUGGCUGGGCCCAGGAGGAGAGGCAGAGCACCUCCCACUUGGCUAAAGGAGACCAGCUCAACAGUUGCUGCUUUCUUCCAAGAUCAGGGCGGAGGAGCUCUCCUUCGCCACCUCUCAGUGAGGAGAAGGAGCAGUUAGAGACGUGGGCUCCAGUGAUCGACUCAGAGGGCCCAUCCUCAGAAAGCCCCACGCUGCUGCCCAGCUCCUCCUUGCCUGCCUGCUGUGAUCCUGCAAGACCGGAGGAGGGACUCUCUGUGUCCCAGCCUGCGAGAAGGGCUGUGGCAGCGGACCAGGCUGGGCCGUUGGAGCCUGGUCAGCUAGACACAGCGUGGGACAAGUGAGCAGUGGCUGAUAUCUCUGUUCUCCUAUCUCUCUGUUCUCCUGGGUGGUGGUGAAGAUGCAGCCCAAGGUCACAUACAGGAGGGAUUGGGGACAAGGCAGGUGUAGGGCAGGUCAGGCCGUUGAACAUCUUCCACUCUAAUUUGCUCAGGUUUGUUAUGCAGAGGUUGUGGCUGCCCGCUGUAUCUCCUCUGUGGGAGUAAACGCCACACUGUGUUUGUGAGUUCAGCACAGGGCCCAGAAGCUGUUGGUUUUAAAUAUUUACUUUCCCAGGAGGUGAGUUUCUUCAGGUGUUUGUUUAAAGAGAGCUGUCACAGGUGAAUGGUUUGGGGAGCCCUUCUUGGCAGAGUUUUAGCUGCCAUACUGAACAUUGUCCCAACAGAAAGUUCCUAUCGUUCUCCUUCCUUCUUGGCAGGCUUCAGGUUUUGCUGCAGCCCCUGGAGCAAACAUUUUGGUUGUGGGAGGCUGACCUCUUGCCUGCCUCCUUGUGUGGACAGAGUGGUGAAGACGUAUUCCUCACCUCCUUGCCUUUCAGUAAAUGGCCACGAUGCGACUAUUUGUUGAGGUUUCCAGCCUCUUCCAAGACCUUGCCAGACUGAGUGGGGCCGGAGAACUCGCAGGCACUUAAAGCCUCUCCUGGCAAAGGGGCCGGCCACAGGCAGAGGGAAAGGAACAGGUCGGCGGAGGGUUGCUCUGGCAGAGGCGGCUCUGGGCUGCCCAUCGAGUUCCUGCAGGGUUAAAGUGGGCUCCUUUCUUUGUAGAUCCCUUUCCUCUCGUCAUUACAACUCUUUGCCCCCAGGGCUCUGGCUGCCAGAGCCUACUGCUGCUUUCCUGGGAAGCCGCAAGUUCAGUCAGUGGGGCACACAGGCUUUGUUUCAGCCUGGAAGUGAGGGCUCUGGAGAUGGAGAUAGGAGCCAUUAAGCUCUCCUUCAGACGGUGAGGCGGCUCCUGCCUCUUGGCUACUGAAAUCUGCAGACAGCAGGGUCGGCUGCCUGGAGGGCUAGGGUGGGCUGGGUGCCGGGCUCACCUUGGUGCUGCCGCGCUGCUCUUAGGUUUGUGUGUGUUUCUCUCCUGGCCAUCCACCCAGCUGUGGGUCCACCCCAGCCAAGGGACUCCUGGCCUGCAUAGCGGGAUUGUCAGUGGCAUUUAGUUGAGAGUUGAGGGGCUUUGGCCUGAAAUAAACUGCAAGUAUUUAA